CCUGGACCCUCCCCCAGCCCGGUUCCGGGAGAAGCGUGUGGAGGCAAAACCUCGCAGACGCCGUGCUGUCUCGCCCCUUGCUUCUGAUGGCAUAUCCCAUGGCCGACUCUGCUGUACCUUGCUCUCUGGGCCCAAGUACCCGGGCUUCCAGCACCCACCGAGACGCUACCGGUACUAAACACACCAGAGCCCUGAAACGAGGAGAUGCGUCCAAAAGGCAAGCAGAACUGGAAGCUGCUGUACAAAGGAAGGUGGAGUUUGAAAGGAAAGCUGUACGCAUCGUAGAGCAGCUCUUAGAGGAGAACAUCACAGAAGAAUUCCUGAAGGAGUGUGGGAUGUUCAUCACACCAGCUCACUACAGUGACGUUGUGGAUGAGCGGUCCAUCAUCAAACUCUGUGGCUAUCCUUUAUGUCAGAAGAAGCUAGGGGUUAUCCCGAAACAGAAAUACCGAAUUUCUACUAAAACCAAUAAAGUUUAUGAUAUUACUGAAAGAAAGUCUUUCUGCAGCAAUUUUUGUUACAGAGCAUCUAAAUUUUUUGAAACACAGAUUCCCAAAACUCCAGUAUGGGUUCGAGAGGAAGAGAGGCCUCCUGACUUUCAGCUGUUGAAGAAAGGACAAAGUGGCAGUUCUGGAGACGUAGUACAGUUCUUCAGAGAUGCCGUGACAGCAGCAGAUGUUGACGGUUCCGGUGCCUUGGACACGCAGUGUGAACCUGCUUCUUCCAGCUCUUGGAGCGAGCGUACCAGUGAUGAGGAGGAACAAGGCUUUGUUUCUUCUCUUCUACCAGGAGACAGACCAAAGGCAGUGGAUACAAGACCACAGCCACACACAAGACACAGCAUAAUGAAGAAGAAGGCUGCUCAGAAAGUGGACUCCAAGGCAGGAGAACAGACCACGUCAGAGAUUACUGAGCAGUUGCAUAACUGCAGAUUAGAUCAUCAGGAGAAAGUGGCCACUUGUAAACUUCCUUUAAAGAAAGAAAAUGCUCAGAUUUCUUCACCUGGCCCUUUGUGUGACAGAUUUAACACUUCAGCCAUUUCUGAACAUAAACACAGUGUAUCACAAGUUACUCUUGUAGGCAUAAGCAAGAAGAGUGCUGAGCAUUUCAGGAGCAAAUUUGCCAAGUCUAACCCAGGUUCUGGGUCAGCCUCUGGUUUGGUACAGGUGCGUCCUGAGGUUGCGAAGGCAAACUUACUCCGAGUUCUGAUGGACACUCUGACUGAAUGGAAGACAGAAGAAACACUGAAGUUUUUAUACGGCCAGGACCACGAUUCUGUGUGCCUGAAACCCUCUUCAGCCUCUGAGCCUGAUGAAGAACUUGAUGAAGAUGACAUACGUUGUGACCCAGGUAGUUGUGGUCCUGCCCUAAGUCAAGCUCAGAACACCCUGGAUGAGACACUGCCCUUUAGAGGCUCAGACACAGCCAUUAAGCCACUGCCAAGUUAUGAGAGCUUGAAAAAGGAAACGGAGAUGCUGAACCUGAGGGUCAGAGAGUUCUACAGAGGGCGCUGUGUUUUAAAUGAAGACACUACCAAGUCUCAGGACUCAAGAGAGAAUGCGUUUCAGCGUGAUCCCAGUUUCCCACUGAUAGAUUCAAGUUCCCAGAACCAGAUUAGAAGACGGAUUGUUCUUGAGAAAUUGAGCAAAGUAUUGCCUGGACUUUUGGGUCCUCUUCAGAUUACAAUGGGAGAUAUUUAUACCGAACUUAAAAACCUCAUUCAGACUUUCAGAUUAUCAAAUACAAACAUUAUACACAAACCUGUGGAAUGGACUUUAAUUGCUGUGGUCUUGCUGUUACUAUAAAGCUCUGAAGUGAAGGCCCAUGAUGGCAUGCCCCCCUCGCACGCUUUCUUAUCUGUCCUCUCUGACCACUUCAAACACCAUCACAUUACUGGCCUCACAUACCUAUUAGUUAUUUAUGUUGGUGACUUUGUCUUUUUCCCUAAGGUAAAUUUUGUUUUGUGAUUUAGGAUCCUCUGACUCUGUGGCCCAGGCUGCCAUGCUGCCCACAGCUCACAGCCAUCCUGCUGCCUCAAUUCUUCCAGGUCUAGGAUUACGAGAGUGCACCACUACAGCCAGCUUACCUAAGAUAGAAUUAAUAGAACCUUUAUUUGCGUAAUUACCUUUUAACAAGCCAUAUUUCAUUAAAUGUAAUUCCACUGCCCUAGAUACAACACUUAUACAAGAGUCUUGAAGCCCUAAUCUCAGCUGAACAAAUUAUUCAGCCUCAGUGAGUGCUAGUUUCCUCAUUGGAAGUGUGAGGAGUUAGACUGAAUUUAGGUUUUGUUGACGCAGUGCUUGUUUCUAAUGAGACUCAGUAGCUGCAGGUGCCAUCCCUGACAUCCAGCAUGAGAGUGAGGGGUGCUGAAGGAGAUGGUGAGGGCACUGUGGGGUUGCUGGAGGCGUCCACUAGAGUAAAGCCGUGCUCUGAAAAGGCAGCUCUUUCCCCUCAUCCCUAGCCUAGCGCUUUCCCACUCUCUCCCCACACUUCCUCUCUUUGACUGGAAGUCAGUGUUGCUUGGUAAAGGUUUACUCAGAAUCUUAAUUUCAAAAAUGAAGAAGUAAGGCUAAUGGUAUUGAAUGUUGGUCUUGGGUGUACAAAGCUGGGUUUGGACACACACACACACACACAAUUAAAUUAAAAAUCAGAUAAACUAUCUUUCUGCUUCCAAACACGGUUUCACUUUUACUUCUUUAGUGGUUCUGCUUCAUUCUCCUACCCCAGAUCAUGAUUUGCCCUGGGAAACCUAAGGCACAAUCUCAAACAGGUAGCCUAUGCAACUGUGCCUAACCCUGGUGACUCCUCUCUCAUCAGAAGAUCUUUACCUCCCAUGUCCUUCUGUUUCCCAUGGUGUACUAGUCCAUCUAUGAGACAUAAACAUGUAAUUCACCCUUGCAAAA